GCGGGCUGACUGUCUACCUAUCCGCUCGCCCUAGCCGACAGCGGCUCUCUGCCAGGCAAGGGAGACUAACAGCUCGCUCGCGUUCAGUGACAAAACUCUUUCCGGAUUCGAAGUCUUCAAACGAAGUCAAGUUUUCCCCAGAACAAGUGACUUUAAUAUGGACCAGAACAUCGGCCAUAAAGAUCAGUCGAGUGCGCGUUGGAACCAAUGACUUCGACUCCGGUCGAGCUCGGGCAGUGAUUUCGUGCUAGCCUAUGCGCUGCGGCUCUGCGAUUUGCCGUGUUUUGCUCUCUCAACGCCAUGGGGGAGAGCCAGAAGCAGAAUCAGGCUAAAGAGUUCAGCUUAGAAGAACGUUUUCAGUGGAGCUCGGACGAGGAGUUCGGCCAUAUCAAGGAUGCCUUGGAUGAAAUGGCGGAGAAAGAUAUGGUGCUCUUAGCGGCCAAUGGGAGACCGUUCCCCUGUCAUCGGUGCGUGUUGUCCGCAGCGUGCCCGUUCUUCGAGGCAAUGUUCAAAUCGGGAAUGAGAGAAUGUCGUGGCGAGGUGAAGCUGCAAUUCCCCGGCGACAUCUUGGAGCUUUUCCUUCUCUACCUUUACGAAGGUCAGCUGAAAGUGACAGAAUCUACAUUCGAGAAUUUGUUCUUCAUGGCUCAUCUCUUCCAGCUCCGCGGCGCACUAACUUUCAUGACAGAUCUACUAUCGAAGAGCAUCGAACGAGACAAUGUAUUGGAGCUUUUCGACAUGGCAAUAAGUUUCGACAUUCCAAAACUCCGUUUCUCGGUCAUCGACUAUCUGCUUAGCGAAUCCAUAAUGAACAUGCGAUUCGAGGAGUUUCCCUUUGCGCUGCUAUCAGCCCUCCUGAAAAUGGACGGUCUUCGGGUUGAACGCGAAGGACAGGUAGUAGAGAUAAUCAUGACGUGGAUACGUCAUGAGCCCGAUGAGCGGGAACGCUGCAAAGGAGAGUUAUUACGACGAGUACGCCUUCCGCAUCUGGAGGUUUCGGAGCUAGAAUCUUGGCAGAACGACGGGCUCGGCUCGCUCGAGCUCUUGAAGACUCUCUCCGAUAGCAACGACUGGUUGCGGGACAUUAGCGCCGAAAUGCUCACAAAGCGAACUCACACCGGCAUUCAUCUACACGGCUUCUGGGCUGAGGACAGCCUCUGCGACCAUACGAAGCAGGAACUCUCCACUUGCAAUCAAGACUACUUGAGCUGCGCAUCUUUGGAUGGUCUGUUAAUUCGCGAAGAUUGGACCAAACGACCGUGUUUUCCGGUUGGACCCGAUUUGCACAUCAGCUAUCACGACUCAUUGCGAAGAGCAGCCGAUUUCAAAGGAGGAUGGGGCAGUCCAGACUAUGAUUUAGCUUUUUUGAAAAUGCCUCUCGCGCUCAACGGACUGCAGAGUCGUCGUGGGCAAUGCACAAGAAGGAGUUUUAUCUUCGAAUAUCUAAGAUCACGCAUUUGCUGCGCAACCGAGUACAAAAAUGAGAUCAUAUUCGUCGUCGGAGCCUUCUCGGAGGCCGAAGAGAAUACAGAAUUGUUCUUCAUGAGAGUUUGCCGCUUCGAUCCUCGAUCUGACGCUCAUCACGACGACGAUGUAGAAUGCUUGACCGAUGAGAUGGAACUGUUUGAAGAAUACACGCCAAUCUGUUGCGUUGUGACGCAAAACGACAAGUUGGCCAUCUUGUCGGCCCAUGACAUCAAAAUAUUCGACCUAUCUGACACGUCUCAGACUAUCAGCCUCGAAUACUCGAUCUCUCUCGAGUUCGAGAUCGGUAUUUCAGCGUGGGUAAAAGAUAACAUCAUUUAUGUUUAUCUCGUUGAUCGAUUGAAGAACGUGUUCGAUAGAGGCCAAGGAGAAGAGCCGCCAAAAAUGCAUUACAUCUCUGCUUUCAGUUCCGCCGACGGCUUCGAUAAAGUUUUCCAACACGAGCUAGAUUUCGAGGAGAAGAAUAUAGGCUAUCCUAAGGACGUGCGAUCCUUCAUAGUACGUGACACGAUUUACAUCAUUUACAAAGCUAUCCCUCGCUAUAAAGUGCCUGCGGAGGAAGGCCUGUACAUUUAUCGAUACGAUGCCGAUCUGCAGACGCUUGUGAAACUGGACCGAUUUGAGGUCAUACGUUUAGCCAAGAACGAUCGUUUCCCUACGAGCUGCGUCGUUUACGAGAGAGACCUUGUUGCCUUAGUGCCCACGGACAUGCUUCCUUGUCAACACAGCACCCUUUUAGAGGAGUUCUGCCACAGAUAUUCUCUAGAGGCGUCAUGUGACUUCUCGAAACUAGCUGCUCUUAGACAAUAUCAGCUGUGAUUCACAGAGAG